AUGCCGCCUCUGCCGCACACAGGGCCCGAGUUUCCCUACAAGCGGCCGUGGUACAACCUGACACUGACAGCGCAGGAAAUCGAGGAGGACAUGGCCCUGAUUAUCAGCAACACCAAGAGGCGGCCGCGGGUCGUCAAGGAGAAGAGCCCCUCUGGCGGCUACGGCUCCGGCUGA